AUGUGGAAGGCAGCUUUCACAGAGUUACUAGCAACAGCCUUCCUUGCGUUCACCCUCACCACAACCAUCAUCUCAAUCUUGGACUCACAUGAGGUUGAACCAAAGCUUCUUGUUCCACUCGCUAUCUUCCUUAUACUCUUCUUGUUUCUCAUGAUGACAGUUCCAUUAUCUGGUGGCCACAUGAGUCCAAUCUUAACAUUCAUUGCUGCCCUCAAGGGUCUUAUAACUCUUGCUCGUGCUGCCAUCUAUGUCUUGGCUCAAUGUGUAGGCCCAAUAACUGGUUUUUAUAUACUUCAAAAUGUGAUGGACCGUCAAACAGUACAAAGUCAUUUCUUAGGUGGCUGCACAGUUGAUGGCCCUGCAAUUGCAUUGAUAUUAGAAUUCGUUUGCACAUUUGUGUUUCUCUUUCUUGGUGUGACAGUGGCAUUUGACAAGAAAAGGUGCAAGGAACUUGGCAUGGCAAUGGUGUGUGUUGUGGUGGCGGGGUCUUUGGCACUAGCAGUGUUUGUGUCUAUAACAAUUACUGGGAAGGUUGGAUAUGGUGGUGCAGGCCUGAACCCAGCAAAAUGCUUGGGACCAGCAUUGUUGCAAGGAGAUAGAUUGUGGGAUGGACAUUGGGUUUUCUGGGUUGGGCUCUUUUUUGCUUGUAUUGCUUAUUAUGGUUACUCUAUGCACUUACCAAAGGAGGGUUCAGAAUUGGAAGAAGAAGAAGAAGAGCAUGAUAUUUUGUGGGUAGCUAGGGCUUGUUUUGGGAAGAAUGGCAAUCCAAUUAAUCGUCAAUGGAAAGUUUAG